GAACCAAGGAAGCCGGGUGUCAGGAGAGGAGCCGCGGGGUCCCCCCCUCCCUCAGUGCGGAGCGACAUGGGGAACUGUCUGAAGUCUCCCACCUCGGAUGACAUCUCUCUGCUGCACGAAUCGCAGUCCGACCGGGCGAGCUAUGGGGAUGGCACCGAUGGCGACCAGGAGCCGCCGCCUCCCUACCAGGAGCAGGCCCCAAUACCUGUGUACCAUCCAACCCCAAGCCAGACCCGACUAGCUACUCAGCUCACAGAAGAGGAGCAGAUCAGAAUAGCGCAGAGAAUAGGACUCAUACAGCACCUUCCUAAAGGGGUGUAUGAUCCUGGACGUGAUGGGUCAGAGAAGAAGAUUAGAGAGUGUGUGAUCUGUAUGAUGGACUUUGUGUACGGAGACCCCAUCCGAUUCCUGCCCUGCAUGCACAUUUAUCACAUGGACUGUAUAGAUGACUGGCUAAUGCGAUCCUUCACUUGCCCUUCCUGCAUGGAACCAGUGGAUGCAGCACUGCUGUCAUCUUACGAGACUAACUGAGCCUCUGCCGGACCUCGCACAACAAGACAUUGGCAGCCCAGGGUUCCCCUCGUCUGAACCCAAAGAGCCACGAGCAUACGGAUUAGGAGAUUGCACACAAAAUACCGAACGGCGUAUCUUUCGGCAUCCUUCGAUAUAUACCGAAUACUUCACAUCAGAAGGAAUCCAUUUUUACUACAGACAUCCAACCAGGGUUUGAAGCGGCGGCUCCUGAUUUAAUGGAUGGACCUAUCCCUCUUGGAUCAUAUCGUGCUUCAAAACAAUGCUUUGUUUACUUCUGUGUUCCUGUCAUUGGAUACAAGGCCUGUUUAUGUAUGUUAAUUCUAUUGAUUCCGUCUCCUGCCUUGUCAUUAUUCUGCACCUUUCCACGUCUUCUUCGGUAGCCUGUUAUGUUGUACCAAGUGAAUUUUGUGAGGGUUUGUGUCUGUCGUCGUAUGGGUGUAAAGCCUUGCAUCGUUGCGGACAUUGUCUUGAAUACGAGGCCUGGCGUCGGACGGACCUACUUGACACUGGUGUUUUUGUUGCUCUCUAUGUGGACCUUUUUGGAUAAGACACUUGCUGAUAUAUGCACACAGUGAUGCCCGCCAAGGUGUUCAUCCUCCUGUGCUUUUACGUCUUGGAAAGAUAGCUUGCAGAUGAGACGAGAGCGAUCCCCUCUUUAUACAGACACAAGGGCCCUCUGGGUCAGGACACAUCGGUGCCAAAGGUGAUUUGUCAAAAAGGAUAAACUCUGGGGGAUGAUUCCUAUUUUAAAGGACUGGCACGCAGCUAGUUUUUAACCCUUUGGCUCCCAGAAUGGCCCGUGCUGGGCCUCUGGCUCCUCCUUGAGCGGAGGAAUUAUUUGCACCUUUUAUUAUUAUUAUAAUUAAUGAUAUUAUAUUAUUUCUUUCCAUUGGAAAUGGAAAUUCCACGGCCUUAGGUCUCUGUAACGUGAACUUGGUCAUCGCAGGACAGGCUCCUCACCCAAGCGACACUGUCUAAAGCGGUUUAGCACUUCAGCUGCUGAGGAGCUACAGAUCCCAGCAUGCCCUGCGGCUCCUCAAUAGCUGGA